CAAUUAUUUUUUGAAUUUUGCUAAGGUUUUUUUGAAAAUUUAACGGUUUUUCUAAGUUUCUCCAUGCUGACAAUCUUAAACCAGCACGCGAGCAUUCAGACAGUUUAUAAACAAAAUCAUCUUUUCAAAGACUAGCUAAAAAAUAAUAAGGAAGGCAAAAGAUACGAAAGGAAAAUGUGAAAAUCAUGUUAAGCCACAGAAAUUAAUAGUGUUAGGAAUAAUGUUGUUCCAGUCAUUAAUAUUUCUUCUGAUUCUGAGAGCCUUUUGUGUCCUUGCCCAGAAUGACGAAAGCUGUGAAACGAUGCCAUUCCAGUUGCACUUAAUUAAAGAGGAAUACGACGAGCUUGGACGAUUGCAACGAACAUGCGACGGAGAAGUGACAGUAAACAAGUGUGAAGGAUUUUGUAGCAGUCAGGUACAACCGUCGGUAAUUACACCAACUGGAUUCCUUAAAGAAUGCUAUUGUUGUCGAGAAUCAUUUUUAAAGGACACUCUAGUCACGUUAUCUCAUUGUUAUGAUCCGGAUGGUGUUCGUUUGACAUCAAAUGAGAUGGCAACAAUGGACUUGCGCUUAAAGGAACCGACCGAAUGCAAAUGCUUCAAAUGUGGCGACUUUUCGAGAUAAAAAGAAGCGACAUUUUUCUAUGCUGUAAAGCUUUCAUGAUUUAGUGGCCAAAAUGUUCAUUUGAUGGAAACUUUUACAAAUUAAUAAAUUAAACAAAAAUUUAAAACUGA